AUGUCAAACAGUGCCACCAACUCUGAAGACAGCACGGCCAACUGUGGCGAAAAAGAUCUCUUCAAGUGCACCCGUUGUGAGAAAGGUUUCUCCUCUGGUCAGGCCUUGGGUGGUCACCAAAACGCCCACCGGUACGAAAAUAACAUGAGGAGACUCGCAGAUGCCAUUGGAACCCACGGAAGUAACCCCUAUGUUGCUGCUGCCCUGGUGGAGGUCCAGUCGGCUGCUUUCGCUGCCUACCAGAUGCCUCUGGAGGUGAAUGUAGCCGGAUGGGGUUAUCAUGGGAUAGUCCAGCAUACUGUUAACCUGCUUGCAGCUUCAAGCAUUGGUGCUUAUCAUUUUCAUGAGGUUGCUUUUGGAAUGAUUAGGUCAGAAGUGGAUAAUCAACUGAAGGAGGCCCAAGAGGGUGUUAUUAACUAUACAAGAGAUUAUCUUGCUGAGUGGGAAAAUAAUAAUGCUACUAAUUGUUGGAAUGGUGCAGCUGCAGGGUCGGUGAGGUCUUCUGAAAGGACUGUGACUGACCCAAUUUUUAGGGUUGGUCAUGAUGGUGAGGAAAUGACUUCCGAGCAAAGGGAUGAUGAUUUGGAUUUGGAGCUCAAACUCUAG